AUCAUACUGAAUUGUUUAUUUGCGCGACAGUUGAAGUUGGGAUAUAAUCAUGGCCGACGAAGAAGUUCAAGCCCUUGUUGUUGACAAUGGAUCAGGGAUGUGCAAAGCUGGAUUCGCUGGUGAUGACGCACCAAGAGCAGUGUUCCCUUCCAUCGUUGGACGACCUCGACAUCAAGUAAGCAUAGUCAUAACAUUCAUUCAACAAAUCAAUUUCUCAUUUUAUUGUAUUAAUCUAUUAUCAUAUUACAGUCAUAUUAUCAUUUUAAGUUGAUGGGAUUGUAUUUAACAAUGUCUCGGUUAGAAUAGUUGUGAUACCUACAACACAGUGAUAAGAUAUCGAGAUAUCCAUCCGUGUUACUUCACUGUGAAACACUUAUCACAAUCACUCUAAUCAUACAUUGUUGUUGUUGUUGUUGUUGGUGUUGUUGUUGUUGGUAUAUGCCAACUGUAUUCGACAAUGAAAUAUAAUUUGAAGCUUGGUUUGAAUGCUUAUUUCUCUCUGUUUCUCUCUCUAUCUGUCCUUAUAUCUCAGGGUGUGAUGGUCGGUAUGGGUCAAAAAGACAGCUACGUUGGUGACGAAGCACAAUCGAAACGUGGUAUUCUCACACUGAAAUACCCAAUCGAACACGGCAUUGUGACGAACUGGGAUGACAUGGAGAAGAUCUGGCAUCACACAUUCUACAAUGAAUUGCGUGUGGCUCCAGAAGAACACCCGGUCCUGUUGACCGAGGCUCCAUUGAAUCCGAAAGCCAAUCGUGAGAAGAUGACCCAAAUCAUGUUUGAGACAUUCAACACACCAGCCAUGUACGUGGGCAUUCAAGCUGUACUGUCACUGUACGCAUCGGGUCGUACAACUGGUAUUGUGUUGGACUCUGGUGAUGGUGUGACACACACUGUUCCGAUCUACGAAGGUUAUGCCCUACCACAUGCUAUCCUGCGUCUGGAUCUGGCUGGUCGUGACUUGACUGACUACUUGAUGAAGAUUUUGACGGAACGUGGUUACAGCUUCACGACCACAGCCGAGCGAGAAAUCGUGCGUGACAUCAAGGAGAAACUGUGCUAUGUGGCUCUUGACUUUGAACAGGAGAUGGCCACUGCCGCGUCCAGCUCAUCUCUGGAGAAGAGUUACGAACUGCCUGAUGGUCAGGUGAUCACGAUCGGUAACGAACGAUUCCGUUGUCCUGAGGCGUUGUUCCAACCAAGUUUCUUGGGUAUGGAAUCUGCUGGUGUUCAUGAGACCACAUUCAACUCAAUAAUGAAGUGUGAUGUGGACAUCCGUAAAGAUCUGUACGCGAACACUGUGUUGUCAGGUGGUACGACAAUGUUCCCAGGUAUUGCUGAUCGUAUGCAGAAAGAGAUCACUGCAUUGGCGCCGAGCACAAUGAAGAUCAAGAUAGUUGCUCCACCUGAGCGAAAAUAUUCCGUUUGGAUUGGUGGUUCUAUUUUGGCCUCAUUGUCUACGUUCCAACAGAUGUGGAUUUCCAAACAAGAAUAUGAUGAAUCUGGUCCUGGUAUUGUUCACCGUAAAUGCUUCUAAGUUAUAUUAUGAAGUAAAUAAUGUAAUAUUUAUUCUCGAUCUCGUGCAAUAAAACCCUGAAAUAAAUUUGCCUUUGACCCACC